AUUUUUGACCCGACUCGUCGACAUCUAUUCCCACACCCCCCUUCCUAUAAAUUCAUGAUUCCGCCCUUUAUUCGUACUACAUCCAGAAUACGGACGAAUGAAUUUUUUCUUUGUAAUGAAUGCUUUCUCUCUCUGAAUUGCUCAUGAAACCAUGUAUAUAUUUAUACAUUUACGACUAAAGUUCUUGCGAUUUUGAUCUGAUAGUUAUUUGUUGAAGGGUGAUAGACUAGAGAGAAGAUGAGGAUUUUUAGGACCGUUAAUUCUUCAGAGUUCCCAAAUCGGUCUGGAUUCUUGGUUGUUGAAGCUUGUCCCAAAAGGUAUUCUUCCAAAAUCCCCUCUAAUUUGGUUCUGUUCCUUGGCCUUGGAUUCAUAGAUUGGUAGCUCUCAUCCAACUCGUAUUAUAUCUCAAUAUUGAUUACGAAAUACUGAGGUGGGAGAUUCUGUUGCUGAAUAUAUCUUUCAAUUAGGAACUUGUGUUAAAAAGACAGGAUUUUACGGUCCGAUUUACGGUCUCCCACCUGUCUUUGGAGGAAUGAAGAGAUUCCUGGGUUAUGUUUAGAUAUUGUCUUCUUCUAGCUUUCUCUUGCUCUUCUUGAUAUAAUUUAUUGCCCUUCGUCCCUGUUCUUGUUCUUGAUUUGGGAAGUAAUUGGGUCCAUGCAUUUGUUUUCCUUUUGACCUAGGAUUUUUAGAUUUUAGUUUUUUUGGAAACAUUAAGGUUAGGAUGAAUAAAUUUAGGGUUUUGAUGGAGGGUUUAGGGUUGUAGCUUGGAUUGAGAUGAUGAAGGUGUCUAUAAAGAUUAGUUGUUUGUCAAAAUAAUUUGAGGAGGAACAAUAUUCCAAGACCCUGGAAUAGUUUGUCAGAUGGAAGAAACUCUUGUCACAGCUUUGGAAAUGGAGAAUCGUCAACCUUCAACCCUCUUGUCCAUGUAUUUAAGUGGCUCAGCAUGUGAAGAAUCAGAUCUUGAGAUGAAUCCCCAAGUUGUUUUAACUCGUCCACCGGAUAUCAAUUUACCCCCUUUAACUGAGCAAGCACCCCCUCCACAAUCUUGGAACUCUGAAAAGUGUGAUAUUCUUGAUGUUGGACUAGGUUCUCAAAUUUAUGAGAGUGAAAGUUUUCCGAGUGUGCCCAAGGUUGGGAAGAAAUGUGGUAAAAGAAUUGAUAAUGUUUGGGGUGCAUGGUUCUUCUUCAACUUUUACUUUAAGCCAGUCCUGAAUGAGAAAUCAAAGGCGAAGAACAUGCUUGACAGUAACGGAGUUUCUGGGUUUGAUAAAUCUGAUCUUGAGCUCGAAGUUUUUAUGGUUCAACAUGAUAUGGAAAAUAUUUACAUGUGGGUUUUCAAGGAAAAACCCGAGAAUGCUCUAGGUAAGAUGCAACUGCAGAGUUAUAUGAAUGGGUUUUCUCGUCAAGGGGAUCGACCCUUCCCAUUUAGUGUUGAUAAAAGUUUUGUUCGAUCCCACAGGAUGCAACGUAAGCAUUACAGGGGACUGUCUAACCCUCAAUGUGUUCAUGGGAUUGAGGUUGUUCCUUCACCCAAUCUCAUGGAUGUUAAUGAAGAUGACCUCAGAAGAUGGGCAGAACUCACGGGUAGGGACCCAAAGUUCACCAUACCACCUGAAGCAAUCGACUACAGUUCAUGGAGAAAUCAGCCAGCUAACCAUAGCAAUGGUGAUCUGAUUGAUCUGUCACCCAUUGGCAGCAAGAGAAAGAAGGAUUUCAUCUCAAGUGGAAACGAAGAUGAUUGUUAUGUCGCAGUAAGUGCACCUUCAGAUCAAAUCUUUGAUAUUGAAAUUCGUUCUAACAAACCACGCUGGCUGAAGGAAUUCAGUGGGGUGCUCGGGAAUGUUUAUGGACCGGUAACAGCUGCCAAAACAAUCUAUGAAGAUAAAGAAGGUUUUCUGAUAGUAAUCAGCUUGCCGUUUGUAGAUCUUCAGAGAAUUAAAGUUUCAUGGAGGAACACGCUCACUCAUGGACUUAUCAAGGUGUCCUGUACAAGUUUGUCCGGCACACCAUUUCUCAAGAGACAAAACAGGACUUUCAAGCUUACAGAUCCAUCUCCAGAGCACUGCCCGCAGGGAGAGUUUGUUAGAGAAAUCCCACUUUCUACCCGAAUUCCAGAAGAUGCUAAUAUAGAAGCAUACUAUGAUGGGCCACAAACAAUACUCGAGAUUUUGGUGCCAAAACUCCGCGAGGGACCAGAAGAACAUGAAGUUCGUGUUUCCCUUCGUCCCAACCCGGGAACAACAAUCUUAUGUUGACCUAGGACUUGUUUGGUGAAAUGCAAGGUUUAUUGGGGUUAUGGAUGUUGUUUCAUUGUUCAAUGUUGUAAUACAUGAAACAUAAUAUGCAUCAGAUGUUAACUGUUUUAUUCUGUUUUUGAGCGCUAAUAAAUGUGGAGAGGAAAAAAGAAUGUUAAUAAACAUAUGUUAGCUAUCUUUAGUAUUUAA